GGGGUCCAAAAAUUGUCCUUUUCCAACAGUUUCUUCGUGACUUGCUUUUUGGAAUUCCCAAAGUUCCAAACUUCAGCUGCUUCUUACCAAAUUCAAUCUCACCUUCCAGUCAAAACUGUUUAUUUUUCAACAAAGAUUUACUGCCUUCCAAUGGAAUUUAGCUCUUCUUCUCCAAAUACCAUUCGUGUAGUGUCCACUUUUGCUUCACCAUUUGAGGGUUCUCCUGACCAAAAUGAUUCCUCCAAUUCUUCUUCAAGCAGAAAACCACUUAGUUUAUGGCCAGGAAUGUAUCAUUCUCCAGUGACUAAUGCUCUUUGGGAAACAAGGUCUAAGAUUUUCGAAAGACUUCUUGAUCCACCACUUGAUGCUCCCCCACAAAGUGAAUUGCUUAAGAAAACCCCAGCAGAGAGCAGGACUUCAAUUCUUUAUAAUUUCUCCACUGAUUAUAUACUGAGGGAACAGUACAGGGAUCCUUGGAAUGAGGUCAGAAUUGGGAAGUUGCUUGAAGAUCUCGAUGCUCUUGCUGGUACUAUCUCUGUCAAGCAUUGCUCGGAUGUUGAUAGCAUGACUAGACCACUCUAUUUGGUGACUGCCUCCGUUGAUAAAAUGGUGCUGAAGAAGCCAAUCAGUGUUGACACUGAUCUGAAAAUGGUUGGUGCAGUUAUUUGGGUUGGCUUUUCUUCAAUUGAAAUUCAACUUGACGUUAUACAGCCAUCAAGUGGGAGUAGUGACCCCUCAGAGUCAGUUGCUCUGACAGCAAACUUCAUUUUUGUUGCUCGUGACUAUAAGACAGGGAAAGCUGCUCCAGUGAAUCGAUUGUGUCCCGAGACAGAAGCAGAAAAGCUGCUUUAUGAAGCAGCAGAAGCUAGAAAUAACAUUAGGAAAAGAAAGAGAGGGGAGGACAAAAGGGAGAUUGAAAAUGGGGGAGUUAACAGACUUGAAGAAUUAUUAGCUGAAGGUAGAAUAUUCUGUGACAUGCCGGCAUUGGCUGAUAGGGACACCAUUCUUCUCAGAGAUACCCGCCUUGAAAAUUCUUUGAUUUGUCAGCCCCAGCAAAGAAAUAUUCAUGGUCGUAUCUUUGGGGGUUUCCUGAUGCUCAGAGCAUUCGAACUAGCAUUUUCUACGGCUUAUGCUUUUGCUGGCCUGAUGCCGUCCUUCCUGGAGGUUGAUCAUGUUAAUUUCCUUAGGCCUGUGGAUGUUGGAGACUUUUUACGUUUCAAAUCAUGUGUACUUUACACUGAACACGAGAAUACUGAUCAGCCUCUGAUCAAUGUAGAAGUUGUUGCUCAUGUUACUAGGCCAGAGCAGAGGUCUAGUGAGGUAUCCAAUAGGUUCUACUUCACAUUUACUGUCCGUCCAGAGGCGAAGGCCACAAAUUCUCAAUUCAGGAUCCGGAAAGUUGUUCCAGCUACAGAAGAGGAAGCUCGUAGGGUCCUGGAACGCGUGGAUGCUGAUCAUCUGCAGUCAAUUAAUUAUACCUGCAAAUAAACUUUUAAUUACAAAACUAAAUAGAUGGCGACUUGAGUUUUAACAUGUAAGUAAGACAGUUCAUAUAAAUUGAAACUGAGAGACCAAUGUUGUAGAGUAAUUUAUAUUGCUAGAUUACUUAUACAAAUUACCUAGGAGAUGAGGCUGAAUGAUGGAACAAAGUUCUAAAUUAGGAAAGACGUUAUACGCAGACAUUCCUCUUUUUUAUUACAAAACUAAAUAGAAAUGUUUCUUUGGUAA